UGUCAACCGACAUAACAUCAUAUUUGAUGCUGGACGGACCUUUUGAAUGAGACAGACACAAGCGUCUCACCAAAAUGGCCCUCGAACGAGUACAACAGGCACUCCGUCAUCUGAGGCAGCGGAAUUCUUUAUCGCUCCUCCAUGGCGACACGCAACCGGCGCUAUUAGACUCACACCUAGGAACGCUGCUGGACUCUCAAGCCGAAAGACUCGGACACAAGACUGCACUGGUAUCACGAGCUCAAAAACUGCGUCACACUUUUAUGUCCCUUCGAAAGCGGAGUCAACAGAUAGCACGCGGAUUACUUGCUCGCGGCAUUCGGCAUGGCGACUGUGUUGGAGUGUUUGCAGGGAAUUGUGCAGAGUAUGCAGAGUUGUUUUUUGCCUGUGGCCGCAUAGGUGCCAUCUUGGUAGUCCUAAAUGUGACAUACACCCCGGAUGAGUUGAGGCGUGCCAUCAUUGCUAGUGAAUGCAAGUUGCUCUUCAUAACAACGACGAUCGGCCCCAGAAAACACGAUGCCACAGUCGACUCACUGAUGGACUCUUCGAGCCGUAUUAAUGUACCUGGCUUGCAGGCGAUCUUACUCCUGAAAGAAGACCCCACAUCUAGAUAUCACAAUCUAUUUUCUCUACAGGGAGUCAUCUCCAAGGGGGAGGCAUUGGACGAUCGAGACCUGCAGUUGGCGGAGUCCGCUUUCACAAGUGGGACUACUGGCAACCCCAAAGCGGCCAUGCUAACGCAUUUCAAUAUCAUAAAUAAUGCUCGCUUUGUUGGCGAUCGAAUGGAGCUCACUGAGAAGGACACUCUUUGCUGCCCUCCUCCACUGUUCCAUUGUUUCGGAUUGGUGCUAGGAUUGUUGGCCGCCAUCACCCAUGGCUGUAAGAUCGUCUUACCAAAUGAUACUUUCGAUGCAGAGUCGGUUUUGGGGGCGAUUUUGGAAGAGCAGUGUACGGCUCUUCAUGGCGUUCCAGCCAUGUGGGCGGCAGAAAUGCAAUUGUUAAGUCCACACCAUGAUUUUGCGCGGCUCAGGACGGGAAUUGCCGCCGGUUCAGCAACUCCUCGACAGAUGAUGGAAGACUUGGGCAACAAGAUGAAUCUGAGACAGCUGACCAAUACCUAUGGUAUGACAGAAACGUCUCCCGCGAGCUUCAUGACAUCCUGCCGAGAUCCUCUGGAGCUUCGACUGGCCACAGUAGGCAGAAUUAUGCCACAUACUUCGGCCAAGAUCAUUGAUACGGUCGGGAACAUAGUUCCCACGGGUCAGAAAGGCGAGAUCUGUGUGUCUGGCUAUCUUCUGCAGAAGGGGUAUUGGCAGAACCCGGAAAAGACCGAAGAGGUUAUGAUACGGGACGAGCAAGGGAUAAUAUGGAUGCAUACUGGUGACGAAGCCUCAUUCGACGAAAAUGGAUAUUGCAGGAUCACUGGGAGGAUCAAAGACGUGAUAAUUCGAGGGGGUGAGAACAUCUUCCCACUUGAAAUCGAAGAGCGCCUCAUGCAACAUCCGUCAGUGGUCAACGCUAGCGUCGUAGGAUUGAAUGAUGCAAAGUAUGGGGAGGUGGUGGCGGCUUUCCUGCAAUCUGUGGACGAGAAGCGGCCAGGAAAUGAGGAAAUACGAAAUUGGGUGCGUGAAAAGCUGGCGAGGCACAAAGCGCCCAAGCACAUCUUUUGGCUUGGUGAUGAUAAGGUGGGAGACACCUAUCCCUUGACUGGCAGUGGAAAGGUAAAGAAGAACGUUCUCCGGGAUAUAGGAGACUCUCUACUGAAGAAUCUAUCGCCGGCAUAA